AUGCCUCUAAAUGAGGUACUAAAAUACUGUGAAAGAACAGUGACAAAAGGUUCCAAGUGUGUCAUUAUUGGGGGAGGAAACAAUGUAUAUAAGAAGAAAAGUGUAAAUGCAACCCAGGCUCUAAGAGAAUCUUUAGGAAAACUUAUACAUUCUGAUGUAUAUGUCAUAAGCAUUCCACACAGGCAUGAUAUGAUGGAAGCUUCAUGUGUAAACAGAGAAAUUGUCAACAGAUCUUUACCUGAGAUUGAUGGCCUCAGUAAAGAAACAGUCCUGACAUCAUGGAUGGCAAAAUUUGACUGCAUUUUUAAAGUUGGUGAAGAAGAUACUAAAAGGCCAUCAAGGAUGCAGCAACAGUCUCUCAACAGUGAGCUAAUACUCUCAAAGGAACAGCUGUAUGAUAUGUUUCAACAGAUUCUUGGUGUUAAGAAAUUUGAACAUCAGCUUCUAUUUAAUGCUUUGCAGCUUGAUUCAGCAGAUGAGCAAGCAGCUGCAAUAAGAAGAGAGCUUGAUGGACGAAUGCAGAAAGUAGCUGAAAUGGAGAAGGUAUAA